UAGCAUUAGCAAAGCAAAGCAAAGCAAAGCACCCAGAGACGCAGAAUACAAGGGGAGACGAGACGAGACGCGACACGAGACGGACCAACCCCAGUACACACCACCAACGAACGAACGAGCCGGCGACAGCGAGAGGCGAGCGAGCGGGCGGCAUGAGGGGCGGCGAGAUGUUGACCGCGUCGAGGGGCGCCGGGGCGUCCUCGUCCACGGCGGCGGCGGCGGCGGCGGCGACGGUGGACCUGGCCGGCCGCGCCGGUGCCGGCGCAGGCGGCGGCGGCGGGAACUUCCCCCUCGCCGUCGCGCUCAUCGCCUUCGCCUUCGCCAACUUCCUCAACCUCCUCGCCAUCUGGUUAAAGGAGAAGAGAUGGGAUGCAAGAAAGUUUCUCACUUCAGCUGGAAUUAUUUCAUCCCUUUCUGCAACGGUGGGGAGUUUGGCCGUGGCAGUCAGUCAACAAGAAGGCGGAGAUAGUUCUUCAUUCGCGCUGGCAUUGGUUUUUGCUGCCGUUGUAAUGUAUGAUGCAUCAGGAAUUCGAUUCCACACAGGUCGCCAAGCUGCUUUGCUAAAUCAAAUAGUCUCUGAUUUCCCACCAGAACAUCCAAUUAUCUCAUCCUUCAGACCGCUACAGGAACCUCUUGGACACAGUCCAUUUCAGGUUUUUGCUGGAGCGCUUGUUGGUUGUUCAAUAGCCUAUUUGAUGGGAAAAUCUGUAUAAGAUAGUUACAAUUUGUCUUUUACACAAAUACUGUUAUGUUAAUAUAAGGAACCAUUUCUGCGAAGCUCUUGUGCAUCUCUGUGCCAUGAAAAUCUCAUCUUUUUUUACCUGGAAUAUAAAAAUCUCCUAUUGUUGAGUUGUUUGC